GCAAAGGACCAGCCGAUGCAUGACUUUAUUAAACUGCAGAUGUGUAUUUGAUUUCAAAUGAUAAAUGUAAUAAUCUACUCUGAGAUAGGACAUCUGUCUUGUAAUACCUAUUAAGAGGAUGAAGUGGUCAUACAACGGCUCCAAUUUUCCAAAAGAGUGAAUUCAGGACAUAUGAUGGCCUGGAUAAAAGCAACGAUCACACAAUGACUCUUAUGGAACAUUAUGAUGCUCUUGAAAAAAGAAAAUCCACACUGACUGAGCGCAAAAGACUCCUCGAUGGCAAGCUGGCUCAUCUAGAAUAUCAGAAUGUCAAGAUGGAAACAGAGAAAAAAGACUUGAGGGCCCAACUUGAGGAUAGUCAAGAAAACGAGAUCACACCAACAGAGCAGAAGGAUUUCCACAAUGAAGAGUUGACUCGACUCAAUUCUCGGACUGUCACGGUGGAGACAGAAGAUGCAGACCUGACAGCAGGACUCAACAAUCAGAGCAAGGAUGGCUUCAUUGAUUUCAUGGAGUACGCAGCUGCUCUCAGCCUGGUUCUUCAUGGAGCUGUGCAUCAGAAACUUCGCUGGUACUUCAAACUCUCUGAUAUUGAUGGGAGUGGCUGCGAUGAGCUGCUUCUGAUCUUCAAGUCUAUUGAUGCCAUCAAUGGAGUUCAUGAUGGCAUUAAAGCAGAGGACUUCACCAACACGGUGAACUGUCCUAUGAAGAGUUCAUGUGCGCGGUUCAAGAUGACGAGAUGCUGCUGAAGAGGUUCACACAGAGAAUUCAAGGAGAACUGU